GGAGGGGGCUGGUCUUCGGUCUCGUGAGCUGGAUCUGCAGCACAGCUCUCACUUCUGAACUUGGAGCCGCAGUGCAUCACGGGAGGAAAAUCACGGAGGAUUUUGUUUGUUUACAAACACACAUCAGUUAUUUUUCUUCUUCGUGGGUUCGUUUUUUAGCCCGGACUCAUUCCGUUCCUGUUGGUCUCAUCUUGGACUUUCAGAGUCUCUGUUACGCACAGCCACCGGGACCGUCCGGAGGUCACCGGUCCUCAUGCUGCUCCACGUGGAGACUUCCUGCAACAUCACCUCGGCAAACUGCACCGAGCGCGUGAACAUGAGCGUGAAGAGGAGCGACCCGUUUGGACGGAACGAGGAGGUGGCAAAGAUCGAGAUCACCUUCCUGAGUCUCGCGUUUUUGGCGGCGGUGGUGGGGAACGUAAGCGUGCUGUUAGCCAUGUCCAAAACCCGGCGCAAACUCUCGCGCAUGCACCUGUUCAUGAAGCACCUGAGCCUCGCGGACCUUGUGGUCGCCUUCUUCCAGGUGCUGCCUCAGCUCUGCUGGGAGGUCACGUUCCGCUUCUAUGGUCCGGACUUCCUGUGCCGCAUCGUGAAGCACCUGCAGGUCGUGGGCAUGUUCGCCUCCCCCUACAUGAUGCUGAUGAUGACCGUGGACCGCUACAUCGCCAUCUGCCACCCGCUGCGCACGCUCCAGCAGCCGACGCAGCGCGCGCACAUCAUGAUCGGCUCCAUGUGGCUGGUCAACCUGGUCCUCCACACCCCGCAGUACUUCAUCUUCUCCCUGAGCGAGGUGCACCCGGGCUCGGCCGUUUAUGACUGCUGGGGGCUGCGCGCGUACAUCACGUGGAUCACUUUGGGGAUCUUCCUCGUGCCCGUGGCCGUGCUCGUGUUCUGUUACGCACUCAUCUGCCACACGAUCUGGAAGAACCUGAAAUAUAAAACCCGGAGGAGGAGCGCGGGGGUGAGCGCCGUGGCAGAGGCCACUAAGUCCGGUAUCCUGGGCAGGAACUCUGUGAGCAGCGUCGGCACCAUCUCACGAGCCAAAUUACGCACGGUGAAGAUGACGUUCGUGAUCGUGUUGGCCUACGUGGUGUGCUGGGCACCUUUCUUCACCGUGCAGAUGUGGUCAGUGUGGGACGAGGACUUCUCCUGGGACGACUCUGAAAACGCCGCCGUGACGCUCUCCGCGCUGCUCACCAGCCUGAACAAAUGUGUCAACCCGUGGAUCUACAUGGUUUUCAGCGGACACCUGCUCACCGACUUCGCCAGCAGUAUGGCGUGUUGUCGCCCGCUGACAAGUGGCGUGCACCACGACUCUGACAGCAGCAUCUGGCGGACAACACUACUUUCAUGUGUUCAGGGUCCACGCCUCUCGGAGCCUUUCAGAGACCUUAACUCCGCCCCUAAAACCUGCACGUCUACAUCCUGAAGAACCCAUGAACUGGUCUUAAUCUGAUGAUGUCAUCGCGCUCACUCCUACACUUUGUUUCCAUUGGUCCGUUCACAUGUUUCUUCUCUGAUUGGUCUGAACACAUCCAGUCACCUAGCCUUUAGCUUAGCAUGAUGGUCUCCAUUAGGAGCCAUGCUGACCCGCAAGGAAACCCUGAACCCGCUGUGGGGUCAGAGCGAGUCUGUUUAAAUCUGGGUCUGCCGGACUGGUU